UGGAGUGGCGUGCGAACUCUAGUGUUUAUAAUGAAAUGAGAGCUGCCUAUAAUGAAUAAUAGAUAUCAUGUCCUGUGUGCUUUACCUCACCUUGUAACACAAAACAUCAGAAGAAGAACAUUGGCUAUACCUGCAAUGGCAUAUGCAGAGCUCAGGCUUUUGGUAGUGAUCUACAGUCCCCAAUAUUCUUGGUCAACAUGCUGCCAAUGACUGAAAACAAACAGAAUUUACCUUGAGGUAUUUGAAGAAAUUAGGCUUGUCUGGGAUAUUUACUAAUAGGAUUAUAGUGGAUCAUGGAGGACGAAUGACUCUGGGGGAUAUGCUGAUAAGGCUUGUCUUGUUUUUACCAGCUGUCGAGGCUGCUAUAGUACCCAUCUGUGGGGGCAACUACCUGUGGGGCAAAGGAGAGUUUAGAAACAACAAAACUGGCAACUUUAUUUCCAAAAUAAAGUGGAGUACAUUCCAAUGUUUACCAAGGGGAAAUAGGCUUGAUUGGAGUCAUCAUCCUCUUGUUUGCUAAAUCUAAUUUGCUAAAUUUGUCCCUGAACGACUUCGAAAAUUGUCGGAGCAAUAUGAGGAUGCAAACGUUGAUGUGCAAUAGCCAGAAAAGUCAUUUUAUGUGAUGGAUUAUCGUCAGAAGAAGAAUUGUACUUUUCUCACUAUUGGAUUGAUAUUUCUGUUAAGUGGCAUUGAGUAUGCUGUCAUCCUCCCUACAAUAUGGAGGUAUCUCCAGAUUUUGGAGGCACCUCCAUACUUCCUGGGUCUGGGCUUGUCUGCGUUCAGUCUGAGUGGGCUGCUGACGGGCCCACUGUUCGGCCUCUGGUCCGACCGGACCCGAACUACAAAGACCAUCAUCCUCUACUCCAACGUUUUUGAGAUUGUUGGUAGCUUCAUGUAUUUUAUGGGAUACUCAAAAUGGCUGCUGUUGUGCAGUCGACUUGUAGCAGGUAUUGGUGCAGGAGCAGGCUCCUCCAUCUUUGGUUUCCUCACACGGAGCACCCGGCCAGAGGAACGCGCUGGCGUUUUCGCUGCCAUCAUGGCAUGUCGCCAAGCUGGCCUCCUGAUUGGGCCGGCGUUCAAUCUGUUCCUGAGGUUGUGCGACUUCCAGCUGGGGCCGUUUGUGGUGAACAACUACACCUCUCCUGGGAUCUUCAUGUGUCUGAUGUGGAUCCUGCUCCAGUUUGUGGUGCUGGCUCUGUACUGGGACAUACCACCUAUCAGCUCCGGAGAGGGGGGUAUCGCUGUGGGAGAGAUCGAGGAGGAGGAGCCGCUGGUAGGGGCCGAGGAGACACUGGAGACCUACGGCACUGUCUGGGACGACCAGAUAGAGACAACAAUUUCCUCAGAGAUCCACAAUUUCCAGGACCCUUCACAGUGCCCUCCCUCUCCACCUUCCUCUCCCCCUCCCUCGCCUCCUCCUUCGACUAUCUCAAACCCCCUCACAAUUUUCAGUGCUAGUCAAGAGUUUCUGAGGGAGGAGGUGGUGGUGCUCCUCACUGCUCAGUUCAUCACCCUCUUCAACCAGACAGCACUGGAGACCAUGGUGACACCUCUGACCCAGCGCUCCUUUGGCUUCGGAGAGCUUGCCAACAGCCUGAUGUACAGCCUGUGUGGCGUUGAGGUGAUCCUGGGCUUUUUCUUGGUGCGCUGGCUCAGCCGCCAGGUGGAAGACCGCGUGGUGCUUGCCGUGGGGCUGGUCAUCUGCAGUGUAGCCUGCGUCUGGUGCCUCAUCUUCCUGGCCAACCCCCAGGGUGGGUACUCCUGGGAGUUGACAACGUUCAUCAUCGGAGUGUUCCUGCAGCUGCUGGGGCUUCCCUUCGUGGCCGUGUCCCAGGUGUCUCUUUUCUCCAAAGUCACUGCAGAGAAAACACAAGGGUUCAGUCAAGGUGUGAGGCGCUCUGUUGGGGGGCUGGCUACUAUCCUGGGGCCUCUCUGGGCUGGAGGACUGACCGGUAACUUAUACCUGAUGCUUGGAAUGAUGCUGGCUCUUCUCCUCAUGAUCACAGUGAUGCUGAUACUAUCCUAUGAUCGCCUGGUUGAACCCAAGGUAGUGCAGCACGCCCAGAGCUCAGACAAUGGAGAAUAGACCAGGGUCAUGUUCAGUAGGGAGAAAAUGUUUUGAAAUGAGGAGGCACUACCUGAACUUGUCCAAUAAGAACACAGCUUCUGGGUUUCCGUUGCAACACGUUUUGCUACAGUGUACACUACUGAACACGUCCCUGCUGUCAACUUGAAUGACAACUGAAGCCCUAAUAAAGGUCAAAGGUGAGGUGGUGUGACACAUACAGUAUAUCUCCCAACUACUAUGAGAAUGUCAAUGAAUGCACAUGACAAUGAAGGUGGUGUGUGUCUAAACGCCGCAAUGCAGAAGAGAUCCAACCAAUGACCUAUAGGCUUAUCUAACCCACUUUAAAGCUCUGUGGAGUCUAUUUUACGGUCACACUUUAUUUGGAUAGUCUGGUCAUACUAUCAACAAACUAUCUGUUGAUAAGCAACUGCUUGCUAAG